CAUUCAAGUAGAAGGAUUUAUUUUGUCGACGGAAUAGUUAAAUUAAAGAAUAUAAAACUAAGCAUGGUUUGCAAAGUUGGGUUUUUUCAAUGAUAAAAUAAUUCAACUGCAUUAUUAAACGCAAUUUUGACCCUACAUAAGGUUCGCAAAAUUAUACACUCAUCAAAGUCACAGAACGUUAUGUGGAGCAACUGCGGAUAAUAACAUGUUGAUUACUACGAAAUCAUCAAAGUAAUAAAUGGUGAUACUCCAGGAAUAAAAACUAACGAUUCAAGUUAUAGUGUUAGCAGUGUGUGUGCGAUAAUUAAAAAAAUUAGCGCAAGAUGUUUUCCAAUUCAAAGAUAGAUACCGUUAUGAACCUGCAUUUGCCGAUACGAUUGUCAAAGCGAAAAAUACCGACGCGAUUUCGCGCAGUCAAGUAUUAGAUAGGUAGGGGAUAACCUAGAGGAGUGCUGUUUUGUUCACGAAUUGGUAAACAAGUUGUUUUUGAUACGAGUGUGAGCAACUGGCGAUGAAUAGUAAAAAAGUGGAAGCGGCAGAAAAGCUAUUGAUCGUUUAAGAAAUAUCGUGCUUUAAUUGGAAGUGAGAUCUGUGAAAUUAUCAACGGUAAAGCGUAAAAAUCUGAAAUAAAAGCGCAAUAUAUUUUCAAUGAAAAACAGUGUAGUGUAGAGAUAACAAGCGCAAUGGGUUUAUCAUUCAACUACGAUUUCUGGACGAAUCCAGACGAUACCACGGAGGUGACUUUUUUCCUGCCAAAUGGAGUCCUGAUAAUUCUCAAGUACUCUAUUUUCGCUAGACUGCAAGAUCUAAAAGCGGAUGUAUGGGAAGAAGCAGAGCGUUACCCAUUGUACUGUCACCUCGGCGACAAGUCAAUGUACUUCUUGAGCACCUUGAACAGCAACAACACUUACGAGCUGAUGAACGAUGAAAAUAAACGAUUGGUCGACGUCCAACCGGUGUUCGGAAUAUUUCGUUUCGUAGAAAAGCAAGUGUCUGUCAAUAACAAACUGAAUAACAACAUUACAACACUGCUGGGUAAGACGCUGUCGGAAAAAACACUGAAAAAUCCAGAGGUCAAUGACUUUCGGACCAAGAUGAGCUGCAUCGGUGAGGAAGUGGCCAACAAGCGUGCUCUCAUGAACAGAAUGGAGCGGAUAGCCUAUCAGUAUCCGCCAAAGCUAGUCAACAGUGCACAUAUCCCGGAAGUGGUGAAAAAACGGAUAACCAACGGAGAUUUUUGUGUUGUGGCAAAGAGCACUGAUAUGCAGGUCACGGUCAAAAUCCCAUGUAAAGCAACACCGGAUGAAGUAAUAAAACGAAUUCUAGAGAAAAAACAAAUAUCCGCCGCCAAUACGCGGAAUGAAAACAGUUCCGAUUUUAUUUUGAAAGUGUGCGGCAGAGAGGAGUAUAUGUUUGGCGACCACCCGAUUAUAAACUUUCAAUAUGUACAGGAUUCGUUGUCACGCGAAGAAACGCCCACAUUUGUGCCAAAGUUACUGCGCAAUGUAGAGGUAUUCAAAGACAACAUCUAUGAAAUUCCCGAGGAAAUUACGCAACGAUCUAACAGUACAGGAAGCAAGCAGCCAUCGCAUACACUACGAAAGGUUAAGUAUAUCACUAGUUGGGACAUUGAAGAACAAUUUCAAUGCGCAGUUCAUGGUAUAGCUGAUCUAAACUGCGAUGUUAAUCGUAAUGUGGAAGUAGGAAUUCAGCUGGGCUUGUUUCAUGGCGGUAAAUCCCUAUGCAAACCUGUGAAAACGAAACUAGUAUCACUGAAUAAUGGUAAAGCUGUUUGGGAGGAGACUAUUGUUUUUGAUAUCAAAGUGAAAAACGUUCCUAGAAUGGCCAGGCUAUGUCUAGUGAUAUAUGAAAACGUAAGAACGGCGAAAGGAGUUGGUGUUCGGGCCCGCCGAACUAAAGACGGCUUCAUGAAUCCUAUUGCUUGGGUCAAUACAAUGUUAUAUGACUAUAAACAUCAGUUGAAAGCAGGAGCUGUCACACUCUAUACUUGGACAUACGCUGAAGAUUUGCAAUCAGAGGAUGUUCUGCAUCCGCUGGGAACAGUGGAACCAAAUCCGCGACGAGAUGAAUGUUCCUCCAUUAUUCUAAGUUUUCACAACUACAAUGAGGAUAAUAAAAUUAUAGUAUAUCCUUCGGAAGAUCAACUUAUAGAUCACGCGGCUAAGAUGAGACGAAUAAAUAGAAAUCUGAAUCGUGAUAGCGCCGAAGAAGUUCGACCGAUUAAAGAAAUUCUGAUGCAGUACAUGCACAACGAACGACUGAACGAUAUUCACGAGCAGGAUCGUAAUGCGAUUUGGGCGAAGCGACGAGAGUGUAUGAUGCUGGAGCCAGAUGGAUUACCGUGUUUACUGUACUGUGUUGAGUGGAAUAAUAGAAAUGAGAUUGCCGAAAUUACUUCGCUCCUGCAAGAAUGGCCCUUACUGCCGGUGGAACGGGCGCUAGAGUUAUUAGAUUAUGCAUACGCUGAUCAGUACGUCAGACGAUAUGCCGUCAAAUGUCUACGCACGAUACAGGACAGUGAGUUGCUGCUUUAUCUGUUGCAAUUGGUGCAAGCAAUGAAACAUGAGUCUUACCUGUAUUGUGAUCUCGUUGACUUUCUGCUGUUACGCUCCCGCAACAAUCAGCACAUCGGUCAUUUUUUCUUCUGGCAUUUGCGUUCGGAGAUUCAGGUUCCCUCCGUCCAAGUCCGUUUUGGAUUGAUCUUGGAGGCGUAUUUGAAAGGGAGUCAAGAGCAUGUGGCAAUUCUGCUGAAACAGAUGCAGUGCCUGCGGAAACUGCAACAAAGCUCGGAGUUGGUAAAAAAAGGUAGUAAAGAGAAGGGAAAAUCGCUGUUGAUUGAAUAUUUACAAGAACGGUCAGUUGCCGAAGCAAUGUCCGAUGUUAUAAGUCCGCUAAAUCCGAGUUUCCGAUGUAAAGCUGUCCGAACAGAAAAAUGUAAGGUGAUGGACUCAAAGAUGCGGCCUUUAUGGAUCGUCUAUCAAAAUUAUGAUAUUAACGGAGACGAUAUAAAUAUGAUUUUUAAAAACGGUGAUGAUCUUCGACAAGAUAUGCUUACGUUGCAGAUGUUACGAAUUAUGGAUCGCAUUUGGAAAAGCCACGGGUACGAUUUUCGCAUGAACCCAUAUAGCUGUAUAAGCACAGAUCGGCGAUUAGGAAUUAUUGAAGUCGUACUAAAUGCUGAGACUAUUGCAAAUAUUCAGAAAGAGAAAGGCAUGUUCUCAGCCACCUCGCCGUUUAAAAAAGGUUCACUAUUAGCGUGGCUAAAAGAACAUAACACAACGGAGGAAAUGCAAGCUAAAGCGGUACAAGAAUUUACUCUCAGUUGCGCUGGAUAUUGUGUUGCAACGUAUGUGUUAGGGGUGGCCGAUCGUCAUUCAGACAAUAUAAUGGUAAAAAAGACUGGUCAGUUGUUUCAUAUUGAUUUUGGACACAUCCUUGGCCACUUCAAGGAGAAAUUUGGAUUUCGUCGAGAAAGAGUUCCAUUCGUACUGACACACGAUUUUGUUUACGUAAUCAACAAGGGUCGUACCGAUCGAGAAGCGCAAGAAUUCAGACAGUUUCAGCAUCUUUGCGAAGAAGCAUUUCUUAUCCUAAGGAAGCACGGAUGCUUAAUUUUAUCGCUUUUUGCCAUGAUGAUAUCUACUGGUCUUCCAGAGUUAUCAUCCGAAAAGGAUUUGAACUAUCUGCGUGAAACUCUGGUACUAGAUAGGCCAGAUGCGGAAGCUCGUGAACAUUUUAGAUCAAAGUUUAGUGAAGCGUUGGCAAACUCGUGGAAAACAUCACUAAAUUGGGCAUCGCAUAAUUUUUCUAAAAAUAACAAGCAGUGACAGUUUCGUUACAAUCUCACUAUAUAAGCAACAUUGCAAAACACUUUGCAAUGCUCAGUUGAAUCUUGUGUUGCUGAACAUUGGACCAUCAGGUGGCCAAUCUGUUGAAAUUGUGUAAUUGCAAAUUUAUUGCAUUAUAGCCGACUGACAAGCAUUCAUUUUCCGUCUCAUUUGCGUGAAUUUGUAAAAUCUCGCAUUUUGUUGCUCAUAUCUCGUUUGCCUCGACUGGUCGCCAGGUUGCGAACAUUGAACACUAGCGCAAGCAGGGCUACCUAGUUGUUUUACCACUAAUAUUAUUGCUAUUUUACGACACUAGUUGUUGCACUCUGUGGAAGUAUGUGAAGAAUUAACAUAGUUUAGCCAAUACAUAAAUAUAAAUAUUCAGACUUAUUCUCGUACAGUGUGCUCCAAUCCAAUAGCGAUUUGGAAAAAAGGCGAAUUAUAUAAGUAGGUUGCUAAUUUCUCGUAGUUGGUAUUAGUAGGAUUUUCCAAUUUUCUUUUUGUAUAGUCAGUCUAUUACGUUUAUAAAAUAAAAAGGAUAAAAAGCAUUGUGCAUUAGUAAAUCAAAGCGAUUUUCUGUGUGUGGCGGAGCGACUAGAAACUGAUUAAAUCAUCCCCACCAUAGAGAUAAUAAAUCAAGUAACAGACAGUGUACCAAGCUAACAAUAGCGAUGCACGGACUGAUAGGAAAAAUACGUAUUGUUACUUUUUUGCAAGUCCCGCAGAAAUCAUAAAGAAAUUAACUCAGUUUUACUAGCAAAUUUAUUGUACCCAAAUUAAAAAAUAUUGAUUUAAGCCUUAGCAGUAAAUUAAAGCAAAUUAUAUUUGGUAUAUUACACUAACUUAAUGCUGUAUCUUUAGAAAAUAUGUAAGUAGGAAUGGGCGAAGCGCAGUACAUUUUAUUUAAGCAUAUAGUACCACUCUAUUGAAAAUAGUAAAAAGCCCUAACGAAGAAAUCGAAUAAAUUUUGUCAUAGUAUAUAUACUUAUCUUUAUAAAU